UUUUUUUUAAAAAAAGGUUAGAUUAGCAAUGGAUUUCAUGAAGGCCUUCUAUCAGACUGUUCGCGAAAUAAAGAGGGAGGUCAAUCUAAAAGUUUUGAAAGUUCCGGAGAUUGAGCAGAAGGUAUUGGAUGUAACGGAUAAUGAACCAUGGGGUCCUCAUGGUGCUGCAUUGGCAGAAAUAGCUCAGGCCACAAAGAAAUUCUCUGAAUGUCAUAUGGUUAUGAAUGUUCUUUGGUCAAGAUUGGGUGAGACUGGAAAAGACUGGCGAUAUGUCUACAAGGCGUUGUCUGUUAUUGACUACUUGAUUUCUCAUGGGUCUGAACGUGCAGUCGAUGACAUAAUAAGACAUACUCUCCGCAUCUCUUCACUCACAAAUUUUGAGUAUGUUGAGCCAAGUGGGAAAGAUAUGGGAAUCAAUGUUCGAAAGAAAGCAGAAACCAUAGUGAGCCUUUUGAAUAAUAAAGAAAAAAUAGAAGAUGCUAGAAAUAAAGCUGCUGCAAACCGUGACAAGCACAUCGGCCUGUCAUCUACUGGUGUCACUUUUAAGUCUAGUGCAUCCACAUAUAGUAGUAAAAGCUUCCAAGGUGGUGGAGAUAAGUAUGGAGGCAUAAGUAGCAGAAGAGAAAGUAAUAGCUACGGAGACAGUUAUAAAGUGAGGGACCGAUACGGAGAAAUAAAAUUUGAUGCAGAUACGUAUGUGCAGUCACGUCGAGAGACUGAAAGUCAGAGCCAAGCAAAUUCCUCAAAGGAGUCUAGGCGCCAUGGCAGAAAGGAUCCAAAGGAUGAACUCUCUCCAAAAUUGAGUGAUUCUUCCAAAUACAAUCAAAGCAUAAGCUCCCCAAUAAGUAAUCAUGAUGACGACGAUGAUUUUAUUCCCAGGGGAACUUCUAAUUCUAAUCCAGCGACUGGAAAUUCUAACAUAGUAGAUCUGUUUGGAAAAAGUUUGAUUGAUGACUUCUUCGAUGAACCAACGUCUGUUCCUAUGGAGAAGACUGCAAUUAAUACUAAUUCAGCUGAAGUUGAUCUAUUUGCUGAUGCAACUUUCCUGUCAGCUGAAACUGAAUCAAGUCCUCAAGCACAGAAACAGGUUGAUCUAUCUGCUUCCCAGCUUGCCAUUGCUCCUGCAGCCCCUCCAACUGUUGAUCUCUUUGCGGUCACUGAUUCAGUUGUCCAACAAGACACCAUGGCAUCAAUGUCUGAGCCAGCAAAUUCUAUCAUUGUUGAUCCAUUUGCUAUUGUUCCACUGAACAAUUUUAAUGAAUCACAUGACAUUUUUGGUUCACUCACUUCUCAUCUUGAUUCGGCUUCAAAAGAAGCAGCACAAAAUUCAACUAAUGAUGGAUCAUCAGACAUUUUUGGUUCAUUCACUUCUCAUCCUGAUCCAGCUUCAAUAGAAGCAACACAAAGUCCGAUUAAUGAUGGAAACCUCAACAACAUGAACACAAAACCCUCACAAGAAUCCAAAGCACCUCAAAAGAAGGAUACUCUCCAGCUGAAGUCUGGCAUUUGGGCAGAUUCUCUGAGUCGUGGAAUAAUCGAUCUUAAUAUCUCUGCUCGUAAGUGUCCCUCAUUAUCCACCUUCUCUUUGUUUAAUAUUAUGCAUCUUUUUGACUGGUUCACUGUCAUGUGAAAACCUUG